AUGGCAACUUCGGCUCCAGCUCCAGUCCCAGUUCCUGCAGGAUCCGAUAUUCCUACCUAUAGCCAGGUCCCCGAGACUACUUUUGAUCUGGACUGGGCGGACCUCGCAACCUUGGAUCUAUCUCUGUUUGACGAGCCCGGUGGUAAAAAGCAGUUAGCCAAACAGCUUUUUGGGGCUAUCCAAAAUAUAGGUUUCUUCUAUAUUAUCAAUUUCGGCCUAUCACAAGAGGAUGUCGACCGCCAAUUCUCUAUUGGCAAGGAGAUCUUCAAGCUCCCAAUCGAGGAGAAGCUCAAGUUUCGUGCGGAGACUGAGAAUGGUGGUUACAAUGGCUACAAGCCAAUGGGUCUCCGGGAAACCAGUCCGGGUGUUUAUGACAAGACAGAAAUCUACAACAUCCCGAAAUUCAUCCCAGCCCUUGAGCUUCCGCAGCCGGACAUUGUGAACGACAAUCGUCCCAUCAUCGAGGGCUUCGCACGCCAUAUUCAUGACCAGAUAGCAUGCAAACUUCUCACGCUCUUCGCCAUCAUCCUCGAGCUACCCGAGGACUACUUCCUGAAGGUCCAUCGCUACGACGAGAGAAGCGACUGUCACCUACGGUACAUGAAGUACCACAGGCGUACAGAGGAGGAAAACGAGAAGGCCGGCGGGAUUUGGACCAAGGGCCAUACCGACUUUGGCAGCAUGACCUUGCUGUUCCGUCAGCCCGUUGCUGCGCUGCAGGUUCGCACACCCGAGGGCGAGUGGAAGUGGGUCAAGCCGUAUCCCGAGAGCAUCACAGUAAACCUUGCGGACUCACUCCAUUUCCUCACUAAUGGGUUCCUCAAGAGCAGCAUCCAUCGCGUCGUUGCACCGCCGCCGGAUCAGAGGGACGUAGACCGCCUGGGUGUUUUGUACUUUGUUCGACCGGAGGAUAGCCUCGAACUGCGGCCUGUGGUAAGUGAGACGUUGCGUCGUCUGGGGUAUGAUCAGACAACUGACAAUAGUGCGCUUGGGAUCACUGCUGGCGAGUGGGUGAAGGCGAGAGUGAUUGAGGGAGUUGACAGAGGUGUGGUUCAAAGUGAAAUCAAAGAUCAGCCUAUCAUUGGGGGUGUGGUAGCUAAGUACUAUGAUUAG